GCGGAAAUCUAACUGAAAACGACAUCCUGAUAUGUCGUUGCUGGGCUCGGGGUCGUUUAUCUUAUCCCCUCUCUCUGAGAUGAUCGUAUACUGAACUUCUUGUCGUUCAACUUCAAACGAACAAAAAAAAUCCAAAACCCUCUGCUCUCCAGUCUUCAACCCUUCUCUCUCCCUCGCCAAAUUCAAAGCAGCGAAAUGGUAGCAUCAGCUAUAUCAGCUCCUGUUAGCUUCUCCAUCUAUUCUCGCCAAAAAACUGCCUCCAUUUCUUCAUUAUCUCACAGAAACUCAGCGAGGUUUAUUGUUUCCUCGUUGCCUUCCCCUUACAGUGAUUCUUCACCUAACGGACUAUCGAGUAGAUCUUUUGGGUUGCCUCUACGGAUUGAUGACAAAGAUUUUCGUAAUGCUAAUCCAAGUUAUGAUACAAUUGUAGCCAAAAAGGGAAAUCCACCCAUCAUGCCAGCAGUCAUGACUCCAGGAGGACCUUUGGACCUGUCAUCUGUAUUAUUUAGGAAUCGCAUAAUCUUCAUUGGACAGCCAAUCAAUUCACAGGUGGCUCAGCGAGUUAUAUCGCAGCUAGUGACUUUAGCAACUGUUGAUGAAAAUGCAGAUAUCCUGAUGUAUCUGAACUGCCCUGGCGGAAGCACGUACUCUGUUUUGGCAAUUUAUGAUUGCAUGUCCUGGAUAAAGCCAAAAGUUGGCACUGUAUGUUUUGGAGUAGCUGCAAGCCAAGGAGCUCUUCUUCUUGCUGGCGGAGAAAAGGGGAUGCGGUAUGCGAUGCCUAAUGCACGUAUUAUGAUACAUCAACCUCAGGGUGGAUGUGGGGGUCAUGUGGAAGAUGUGAGACGCCAAGUAAAUGAAGCAGUUCAAUCUCGACAUAAAAUUGACAAAAUGUACACUGCAUUCACUGGCCAACCUCUCGAGAAAGUACAAGAAUACACUGAGAGAGAUCGUUUCUUAUCUACUUCAGAGGCUAUGGAAUUUGGGCUCAUCGAUGGUAUCCUGGAAACCGAAUACUAAACUAGGGUUUGCUCAUGUUAGAUCACUGGAUACUGUUGGGAAUAUAGACAUUCUGUUCUUAAUUGUAAGAUUAGAUUAUCAUCCAUUCUGAUUUGUAUUUGUAAUCAUAUGUUUUCCAUAAUUUUGCUUCAAAAUUCCAAUACUAAUAAUUAAGAAUUUUGAUUUUUACAAUUAAACCCAAAUUAACUUUUUA